UUGUUCUUGCUGAUCUCAUUUUCCUGUUACUGUCCGAGAGAUAUUGAAACCAAUUAGCCUUUAGAUGUUUUUAAGUAGCUAUGACCUUACAGGAUAAUAAUCGAUGGUGUUUCUGCCUUUUAUUUUCAUUCUGAUGUUAUUGAUACAUGUUUUUAACCACCCUUCCAGGAGCUACUGUGGGAGUAAAGGUUGAAGUUAGAGCUAGCUAGCAGGGCAGCUAACUCCGGCUAGCUAGUGCUGGAAGACAAAGCUGGGAUUCUUGUGGUUUUUAGUAAUGGCGAAUCAGAACCUGCUUCAGAAGAAAAUCGGACAGAAUCUGUGGUUUGCCCUCCUGGGUCUGGGCUUCCAACCUGAAUCUGCGGCUGGAUCACUGGCAGGCAAAGCCAACACCAAAUACCUCUGCCUUGGACCGAAUAUGUUUGACAAACCAAACAAAGAUGCCUUCUACUUGGUCACCCAUUUCCUGUUGGAGAAACUGAAUCCCUCUCGCUUUCAUGAAGCAUACAGGCACUGCUGGCCUGUUUUGGAUCACAAAGCAGAUGCUGAGUUUCGCAAGGUUACCUGUACCUGGCUGCGGGAAAUCAUGGAUGAAACCGCCAACUCAGGAUCUAAAGUGGUGAUGUCAUUGUUUCUAUCCCCUGGUGGUCCCAAGUUCAUCAACUUGAUGCUUCAGUUAGCGUGCCAUGUGAUGCUGCAGGACAUGAAAACUUUCACCACAGAUAAGAGUUGGGUUCCUGAAGCUGCAGCCAUGCCUGCCUCCACCUUGGACAUAGCAGUGGGAAGGCUAAACUUCGUCCGUUCCAGGUUUUUGAAGGCUGCGGUGGAUCAGGAUCGUUUUCUCCACGAGUACCAGAGACGAGCUCAGUCUCUGGUCAAGUCCAUGAGAGACCUCAAAGCAGAGGGUGCCAAGUACGAUCAGCUCCUAAAGUGUCACAUUUCUCAAACUCCUCAGGAUGCAGAAUCUCUGUCUGAGAAGACAAGAAAGGUUCGUGCUUUGUGGUCGGUCAUUGAAGGAAUGCUGUCUAAUAUCAAGGAGGACCUGACUGUGAUAGAAAGUGUUUUAAAAGGCGACGUAGACCAGUACGUCCUGGACGGAACGGAUCGAGUCCUCAAACUUCCUCCUUGUCUACUGGAGAGAAUUGAACAUCUUCCACAUCGGUUAAACUCAGGAAACCUGUACGAGGCGGGCCAGCUGAACCUGCUGUGUGUCAUGGAGCUGUUGAAUCAUGCUCUGCAGGCCCUCAAAGAGGAAUGCUUUCGGAUCUCUCCCUCUGUCAAGUCCCAGCCUGGUGCUCAGCACCUUCAGGAGAAGUGCCAACAGAUGUGCCGAGUGCUGCAGGACCUCCGCUUAAUCAGGCAGAAACUUUCCAAGGAGGAAAUUCCUGAAGUGAAGAGUGCCAUCAGAGAGCUUCAGGCCAGCUGGGAGCAGAAGUGGAUGCACACACUGAAAGAAAAGCCACUUGUUUCUUUCCUGAAUGAGGAUCCUGCUCUUGGUUUCCUCUCACCAAUGGCUCCGUUGUCUUUUGAACCGGCUCCUGAAGCUACUUACAGGCGCAGCAUCUUUGCUCAGUUUCCUGCUAAACUUCUUGAUGACAAGCCUACAGAGGUGAAACCAACAGAAAGUGUCCACACAAGUCUGGAUAUCAGAAGUUUUCCUACAGUGCCUGAGCCAUCUGAACGCACCGUUGUUUCUGAAGCAUCGCGAGCAAAUUCAUCCCUGGAUUGGCUCUUCGACACGCCGCCAUCCCCUCAUGGAAAGGCUGCAGCUGUAGCACCGCUUCAGCCGCCCAGUGUUGACAAGACGACCCAUCACAAGACUGCUCCGGUGAAGACUCACUCUGAGAUUUUAGACUUGGAAUAUGAAAACCUCGCUGAUCAGUUUGCAGAUGCCGUAACGACAACCAGUCCGUUUGAUGGCCAAGGGAAAGGUUCCGAUUUAGAGGAUCUUCUAAGCACCCUUCAGAUGGAUCCAUUUUCUACUAGAAAGCAGCUGCCUCGAACACCUAAGAGCUUAAUAAUGGAUGUAAAAAGCUCCUGGAGAAAAGCUGUUGAUGAGGAUGAAGCGAAAAGACACUCCCUGCAAAGUGAGUCCAACGACAGCAUAUCUGGGCGACUCAGUCCUGUGAGUAGGGUGCUAAAUCUGAGCCCCUCCCUGGCUGAAAACCAGACCUCUCCCCCCACUCUUGGAGAUCAGGAAGCCUCCUCCGCCUGUCAACAGGGACUCGUCCCCAAAUCUUCUCUUUUAUGGGAAACUUUCUACACAGAGGCUCAUGACACCCCCAGCGGAACUGGCAGCAGCGCCGUACAGUUCAGCCUCGAACACGAAACUCUGCCUGAAAUGCCGAGCUGUGAUAGUUUGUACCUGGAGGAUGAAGCGGUGGAUAUGACGAGUGAGGAAGAGGAGCUACUCAUCCCCUCCUUAAAGACUGAUUUAAAGCAGACCCCAACCCCUUCAACUCAUCCAGAGAGGAACGCGGUCUCCCUGAUUGAAGGCUCCCCUGGGGGUCUUCUUUCAGAUCACAGGAUCUCUGCUAAAGACAAAACCUGGCUGACUGAACCCACAGCAUCAGAAGACGAUACCAACAAGGUGUUUUCAUUGGAUCUGGAUUCACUGGAUUCUCCUCAAAAGAAGGAGUACAGCCUGCCCACACUGAUCACCUUCUCCCCUAUUGAUGACAUGAAGUGUUAGCAGCAUUAAAGGCAGCUCCUUUCUCUUUUUAAAUUGUUGGUGAUGGACUCUUGAUUCCAAUUGUGCUCUAAAUGGAUAACAUUUGUGUAUAUAGCUGUAAAUAAAUAAAUCACAUCUGUUGCACUCUGGAUUAGCUCUAAUUGGAUUGAAGAAAAUGAUCCCUGAACUGAACCACUAAGAUUGUCACAGUUUAUAACUUCUGUCUUGUCUGACCCUGUGUAGAUCAGAGAAUAACUUGAAUAAAGAAAACUUUGCAAAGUAAA